UAACGUAUAGUGGUGUUCAAAGUGUUUAAAGUUGGUGCAAACAAUAUUUUCUACUUCGUGCUCGUAAGUUAAAGAUACUGAUUUUUGACUUAACGGGCGUGGUCAGUCGUCACUAAGAAAUGUCAAAUGUAGUUAGUGAGGUUAUGUUUAUAAUGUCUAAAGUAAAUGUACCUUUUGUUGUAAUGUAAGGGAAGAUUUUGAAUAAAUAUAAAAUGAUUUCGAGGAGAAGAAUAUUCAAAGAAAAUCUAUAACUGAAAUGUCACGAUUGGCUGAUUAUUUUGUUGUAGUUGGAUAUGACCACGAAAAAGAAAGAAGUGGGAUCAGUAAUGGAAGAAUCUUACAACGAUUCCCAGAGAAAGAUUGGCCAGAUACCCCUUUUAUUGAAGGAAUAGAAUGGUUUUGCCAGCCUCAAGGAUGGACACUUUCGUCAGAAAAACAAGAGCCCAAAUUCUUUGUAUCUGUACUUACAGAUAUAGACGCAAACAGGCAUUACUGUGCUUGUUUAUGUUUUAAUGAAACAGUAUCUAUCACACCUAGCAAGCCAGUAGAUGAGGAGGAAGAUGCAAUGGAAGGGGAAACUCCAUUAGUUAGACCAAUACCAAUAAUCUCUCAUCACAGCAUAAUGUAUGCUCCAAAAUGUUUAGUGCUUGUAUCCAGACUGGAUUAUGUAGAAACAUUUAGGAAUUGUCUGGGGAUAAUCUACUCAGUGUACAUAGAAAAUAUGCCAGUGCCACUUGAAACCUUAGUAGGAAAUAUAUUAGGUUGUAUCCAAGUUCCACCUCCUGGUGGGCCCCAAGUUAGAUUCAGUAUAGGUGCAGGAGAUCGUCAGGCAUUGCAACCUCCGUUAUCACAAUCUCUUCCAGUUACUCAUUCUUCUGUAAGUUUAUUGUUCCACGAGUUAGGUAUCAGAAAUGUAUUGCAAUUGUUUUGUGCAAUUAUGACGGAACAUAAAAUACUUUUCCAUUCAAAAAGUUACAAUAGACUUACAGAAGCUUGUAGGGCCCUUACAGCACUAAUGUAUCCAUUUCGUUAUACACAUGUUUACAUCCCAUUAUUACCGGCUCCAUUAGUAGAAGUUUUGUCAACCCCAACUCCAUUUAUUAUGGGAGUUCAUUCAUCAUUGAAGUCAGAAGUAGCAGAAUUGAUGGACGUAAUAAUAGCUGAUCUGGAUGGAGGAUCAAUUACAAUUCCAGAUGGAAUAUCUCUUCCACUUCUACCAGAACCUCUACUAAGCUCAACACAAGAAGCACUCAGCCUCUUACUACAGCCUGAACUUAACUUUGCAGAUCACGCGUUUCCACCAUUGUCAGUGCGCGCUCCUCAAUGUAUUAUGUUAGAUAAAGAAAUUCGUGCUGUUUUUAUGAGGACGUUUGCUCAAUUGCUGCAAGGUUAUAGAAGUUGUCUUACUAUUAUUCGAAUACAUCCAAAACCAGUGAUAACUUUCCAUAAAGCUGCUUAUUUAGGGGAACGCAAUUUAAAAGACUGUGAUUUUACUACUAGAGUUUUGGAUUCUAUGUUUUUUACUAGUUUUGUGUCGGAAAGGGGACCGCCUUGGAGGCCAUGUGAUAUAUGGGAUGAAUUGUAUAGUAACAUUAGUGAAUUAUUAAAGACUGAAGCACAAGAUACUCAUUUAGUUCUCACUCAUAUUCAAGAACUUGCUACUCAACUAUACACUAAUGAAAUUCCCAGCCCUCAAUCGUAUGCACAAAAAAUUUUAGUUCCUCCCGAAGGAGCAUUUGCAAGAAUUCAUCAGCCACCAUAUCCUGCCAUAAAUGGAGAAAAAGUACAAGCUAUUAUUGAUGAAGGUCUUUCAAAGAAUAAUUUAAAAUCAAGAUUAUCAUCUUUGAGACCAGUACAGCCCAGAAUUGUACCUAUGGGACCAAGCAUAUCAAACUUAAGUGAUAACAAGCAUAUAGUUAGUAAUUCAGCAAGAAGGUUAGAGGUUCUGAAAAAUUGUAUUAAUUGUAUUUUUGAAAAUAAAAUUUCGGACGCAAGAAAAAGCUUUCCAGCAGUACUACGGGCUCUACAAUCAAAACAAGCUCGAUUAGCUUUCUGUGAAGAACUUUCACAUCAUGUAAGUGGUACUAAAGCAAUGUUGGAACACCAACAAUUUGACUUAGUAAUUCGAUUAAUGAACUGCGCUUUACAAGAUGAUUCCCCAAUGGAUGAACAUGGUGUAGCCGCCACACUUUUACCACUUGCCACAAUAUUCUGUAGGAAAUUAUGCACUGGAAUUAUCCAGUUUGCAUAUACUUGCAUUCAAGAACACAGUGUUUGGAAUAACCAACAGUUUUGGGAAGCUGCAUUUUAUCAAGAUGUUCAAAAGGAUAUUAAGGCAUUGUAUAUGUCGAGAACAGAUAAUUCUCCACCUCGUUUAGAUAAUGAACUACUGAGUCCUGCUUCACCUAAAGAUUCUAAAGAUUAUUUGUGGCACCGACGAUCGACUUUUAUUCCAGUUCAAGAAGCAACUACUUUGGAAAUAGCAGCUGAACAAAUGAGAAUUUGGCCGUCAAUUAAUAACGAUAAACAGAAGGAGUUAAUUGUAUGUGAAGAGAAUACCAUAUAUAGUCAAGCAAUACAUUAUGCCAACAGAAUGGUUUACUUAUUGAUCCCUCUAGAUAUGGGACAUAAAAUUAGUAAGCAUGAUUUAUUUGACGAUGAAAGAAUAAGCAACAGUAUUGCAAAUAGUUUUGCUGAAAGCGACAGUAUAGAUGCUGAAUCAGGUUUUGAAGAUCAAGAUCCAGGAGAAUCUGGUAAUAUGGUUAUAAAGAUGGUGUCUCGUUUCAUAGAUAAAGUAUGCAAUGAAGGAGGAGUUACAAGAGAACACAUUCGCAAUUUGCACCAAAUGAUACCUGGUGUAGUUCAUAUGCAUAUUGAAACUUUGGAAGCAGUUCAUAGGGAAUCAAAACGGUUGCCCCCUAUACAAAAACCAAAAAUUUUAACACCCAAUAUGUUAGUUGGAGAGGAAAUGAUUAUGGAAGGUUUAAGAGUGUAUCUCCUUCCUGAUGGCAGAGAAGAAGGUAGCUCAGGCUUACUUGGGGGCCCACCACUUUUACCAGCCGAAGGGGCCAUAUUUCUUACUAAUUACCGCAUCAUUUUUAAAGGCAUACCUUGUGAUUCGUUUGCGUGUGAACACGUGGUGGUGCGUUCAUUUCCGGUAGCUUCCUUAACAAAAGAGAAAAAAGUAGCAGUUCAAUAUUUGGCGCAUCUUGAUCAGUGGCUUCAAGAAGGAUUACAAUUACGGUCUUGCACAUUUCAAUUGAUGAAAUUUGCUUUUGAUGAAGAAGUAACGGCUGAGAAUGUGGAUACUCUCAGAAAACUCAUUCAUAAAAUAAGACACCCACCAGAUGUUUUUCAUCAUUUUGCUUUUACUGGACAAGUAGUGGUCACCCAAACGCCACUACAUAAAAAUAAGGAGAAAAAUGCCACACUAAAAGGAUUUGCGAAAAAAACUCUUCUUAAAACUGCUCGAAAAGCUGGAUUUAAACAAAAAUCUUCGUCAAAACGACAAAAGUAUGUCCUCCCAAAUCUUAAUAUCAGUAACGGUAAUAAAUACAUGACAUCACCUGGUCGAAUGAGCCUUCCUCUUACUGAUGAUUAUAGCAUAGAUGAUAAUGUAUCCAUGGAUCUUUUUGAAACGGGACAACCAACAUCAACUCCUACUGACGCUAAAACAUUAGAACGACUCCAAGAACGCAGUUAUGUUAGAGAUUGGCAGAGGCUAGGAAUAUAUAAUAAUAGUGGAUCGCCUACCUCUAAAGCUUCUGCAGAACAAUUUAGAUUAACCUCUGUUAAUUUCAUGUACAUGAUGUGUAGAAGUUAUCCAGCGUUAUUGGUGGUACCUGCAUCUGUUACAGAUGAAAGUAUAAGAAAGUUUUGUCGUUGCUAUCGACAAAAUCGCAUACCUUGUAUCACUUGGCGUCACCCAAGAACAAGAGCAUUACUCUUAAGAGGUGCUGGUCAUCACGGUAAAAGUGUAAUGGGCAUGCUUAAAAGUCACCCAGCGCCUGCAGCUUCGACAGAAACAACUUCAUCCACAGAGCAAGAGAAGUACUUGUUAGCUGUUGUUGCAGCCACUCCUGUUUAUUCACAUAGAUCCACAUGGGGCAUGUCAGACAGUUCAUUAAGUAUUGAUUCACUUCUUUUAGCUGCUGAAGAUCCGUUAACAUGUACAACGUUGACACCUGAAGUUGCUAGAAGAACAAACGCUUUCAAUAAGGCUAUUGGGACACUAGGUGCUUUUCCCCGUUCAUCUGGUGGUAAGGGUCCUAAAAAUUUUGGUAGAUGGGGCUCACUUAAGGACCGCCGUCAGUCGUCACAAGCUUCUUUGGCUGCUGGACAGACAAGUAAAGUUAAUAUACGUCAUAGCAAUGAAGUUGAAUCAGGUGUGGAUGGUGUUCAUACUUUGCAAAAAGCAGCACUUUAUAUAUUAGGCGAAAAAGCUCAGAUGAAAGGUAUCAAAAUGGAUUCGGCACCAAAAGCAGAAUUUAUUCCUGUAGAAUAUUAUGAUAUCAGACAUACUAGAGCAGCUUUCAAAAAAAUAAUGAGGGCAUGUUUACCAAGUUCGCCAAAUGCGGAGCCGGAACACAGUUUUUGUAGGUUAAUUGAAAAUGCUGAAUGGUUGCAACAGAUACAAAAUAUCAUGCAACUUUCUGGUGCAGUAGUAGAUCUUCUAGAUCUUCAAGGUUCUUCUGUGGCAAUAUGUCUUGAAGAAGGAUGUGAUAUAACAGCACAAGUAUCUUCAAUAGCACAACUAUGUUUAGAUCCUCAAUAUCGCACAAUGGAAGGUUUUAGAGUUCUAGUUGAAAAGGAGUGGAUAGCUUUUGGGCAUAGAUUUAGCCAUAGAAGUAACCUCAAUGCCAAUUCGCAAGCAGGUGGAUUUGCACCAACUUUCUUACAAUUUCUCGAUGUUGUUCAUCAGAUCCAGAAGCAGUAUCCAUUAGCAUUUGAAUUCAGUGAUUACUAUUUAAAAUUUCUCGCCUAUCAUUCUGUAUCUUGCAGAUUUAGAACGUUUCUUUUUGAUUGUGAGUUAGAGAGGGUAGAAAGUGGGGUAGCUGCUGUUGAAGAUAAGCGUGGUUCAUUGACUUCCCAUCAUAAAAGUGUCGAUGCUGCAUCUGAUGACGAAAAUAUAUAUCCCGGUGGUCGAACUGCUUCAACCACUCAAGGACAUAAUUUGGGUCAAAGUGUUUUUGAUUACAUUGACAAACAACAUGCUAGAAAUCCCAUGUUUUUUAAUUUCUUAUACACACCAGAUCUUGAACAGCCAGUAUUGAGACCUCAAUCACAUUUACCAUGUUUAGAAAUUUGGAAUUAUUAUUUGAAUGAAGAUUUGAGGUAUGGACCAAGCUAUGAUCCCGAAAUAAUUCAGAUGGAUACACAGCAAGAAGAGGAGGCUGAAGCUGCAGAUGGAAUUUCACAAUCUAGAAAAAUAAUGUCUUUAGGAUAUGAUAAUGUGCAGAAAUCAGUUCCAGAUGCUUUUAGUCACUUUUUAGAAGAAAUUCAUAAACUUGAAUCUGACUUAGGUCACUUGCCACAAAAAUGGAAAGUAUUAUGGGAUAAGCUUGAGAUACCAUUAACAGAUUCUCUUACACGACAUGCUUCCUUUAGCACAGCUUUGGUCAGAUCUCAUGGUCGUUUGGUUCAUAAGCGUUCAACACUGGAGAUAUUAAUGAGAGGUAAGAUGGUUGGAGCUGCAGAAUCAUCACUUAUAUACUCCCAUCCGCACAGAUUCGAACGUUACAACUGCACUACACCCACUUAUUGUGAUCUUUGUUCCAAUUUAUUAUGGGGCCCUGUUAAGACUGGUAUGAGAUGCAUUGAUUGCGGUUAUAGUUGCCAUGAAAAAUGUAUGGAAAGUGUCCCUAAAAAUUGUACUAAAUAUAAAUCUGUCACGGACAGUACGACAUCUCACAAUCAAGGCAAUACUGGCGACAGUGCUUCCGUAAGUUCUGGAAGUGCAAGACAGACAUCUAGUCAACAAUACUAUGAUCAAUUCUCAUCAAAUGUGGCCGAAGACAGGACACACGAAGGCUAUCUUUAUAAAAGAGGUGCUUUACUCAAAGGUUGGAAACAACGUUGGUUUGUUCUUGAUUCAAUCAAACAUCAAUUAAGAUAUUAUGAUGCCAUGGAAGAUUCUCACUGCAAAGGUUAUAUAGAUUUGGCUGAAGUGAUAUCGGUAAACCCGGCCCCUCCAGCACCUGGCACUCCAAAAAAGACAGAUGACAAAUCUUUCUUUGAUCUGCGUACUAGUCGAAGGACAUACAAUUUUUGUGCCACAGACGCUUCAUCCGCUCAAGAAUGGAUUGAAAAGCUCCAAGCUUGUCUAUAAAUAGAAUAUUCCAAUGUUAAAAAUUUACGAAUUGUUUUACAAAUAACUUUAAGUUAAUAAAAUUUGUUAUAUAUUGGUA